AUUCGGGCGGAAGAUGGCGAACGUGCUGCUGGAGUUCAAGGCUUCAGCCGGGGACUCGGAGCCGCAAAACCGGCCGGUCCUGAUCGUCGGUCAGCUCGCUAAUCUGCAGCAGGCCAACUGGACCCAGGUGAAGGGAAAACUACAGCCAGUGGUCACCAAAGAGCUCUGGCAAGCCGCUCUGUCUUCUCUGAACCCCAACCCUACGGACAGUUGCCCGCUGUAUCUAAGUCAUGCAGCGGUGGCGGCUCUUCCUUCACGGGUCAGUCGCCACAACAGUCCAUCCUCUGCCCACUUCCUCACCCGCCUGAUCCGAACCUGCCUGCCUGCCGGCAACAACCGCUGCAUUGUGAUGGUUUGCGAGCGCACUGAGGUGUUUGCAUCAGCGUGUGCUAUUGCUAGAGCUUUCCCGCUCUUCACCCGCCGCUCGGCGUCUUCUCGCAGGACAGAGAAGAAACACGUGACUCUGGAGUUUAUCACUGUGGGUCAGGACAACGGGCCUCUGGAGCUUUCCACACUUGAGUGUCUUGCUAAUGCAGCGGAUGGAGUUCGUCUGGCUGCUCGAAUCGUGGACACUCCAUGCAGCGAGAUGAACACUGAUGACUUCCUGGAGGAAAUCAAGACAGUGGGAAAUGCCUUGGGUAUCACUCCGACUAUAAUUCGAGGAGAGGAACUGAAACAAAAGGGCUUUGGAGG